AUUUUUUGAUUGAGAAUCACCCUGUACAUCACCAGCGACCUUGGGUAGCUUACUGUACGAAAUUUAGUCAUGUUUUAGUCUCGCUUGAUCCUAACAUCGACUUGCAGGACCACAUCCCCCGGUAACAAGACCACAUCGCCCCGAAAUAAGCCCACAACGUGCCAAAUUGUUUCGUUAUCCCAUUCAAAUCGCCAAACGUACACAAGAUGACUAUGAACGUAGUAAAUUUCAGACAGGUCUACAAAUUCGAAUGCAUUAGGUGUUUAGAAUUCGUAGAUCCGCCGUUCCUGACGUGCUUCAAUAAUCACAUGUUCUGCAGCGACUGCUUCGUCCACCAGUGUCCGGCAUGCGGCGGACACAAAAAUAAGUACGGCCACAUGCAGUUGUGCGAAAUGUACGACAAUAUGCUGUUGCCGUGCGUCAACUACCGUAGAGGUUGCCGUUACACCGGCCGGAGUAAAGACAUCUAUCAUCACAAGAAGCAGUGCCAGUUAAACAUGGACUACUGCCCCUUCAGCAUGUCCGAUCGGAUGCAAUGCAAGUGGAAUGGACCGCACUUCAAGCUCCAGCCCCAUUUGGAAAAAUCACACGACAUGAUGUACGAUCAUUCAGAUUUCGCCAUCCUCGAGGGAUUCAGCGAGAAGCCGUUCUGGCGGGAGCCCCUGCAAGUCGACGGGCAAAUAUUUCUGGCAUGUUUCAGCAAGGAGGAAAGCGGAUUUCUGGUCGGAGUCUAUGCGAUACGCCCGACCCAAAGAAUAACGCAUCAAUACAAAAUCGUCAUCAGCGACGACAACAAGACCAAAUCCGUGAUUGUAAAUGGGGAGGUGGAGUGGUUUAAGAGCCCCAACAAGUUCAUAUUAGAUACAUUUAACUGUGUCGAUCUUUGUAACCGUACUAUCGACGGUUUUCGAGGCCCCCGAGGGUUAAGAUAUUAUGUUAGAGUUGAAAAAAAAUAUGAUAUGCGAAAGUAUUGUUAAAUACUUGUGUGUUUUAAUGUGCCGCUAUUUUAAUUGCUUUUAAUUAUUGUUAAAUUAAAGACGACCAAUAAACCUUGUGAUUUUAAAA